CGCGCUCCCUGAGGGCUCCGCCGUGUCCCCUCUCGGGCCGUCGGGCUCCCCGCGCCCGGGGCGGGCACGCGCGGCUCCCGCUGCCGGUGACGUCACGGCCCGCUCCCGCCUCGCCGCUCCAGCCAGCGGGCGCAUCCCGCGGGUGCGGAGCGGAGCGGGCUCCGCGCCACGGGCGGCAGCGGCACCGCGCUGUGGAGGCCGGCAGGCGCCGCCUCCUGCUUCCCUCCCUCCGUCCGUCCGUCCGUCCCUCGUUCCCGCCCGCGCCGCUCUGUCCCAUGUUCGGGCUGGGGAAGCCGGCGGGGCAGCAGGAGCUGGGCAGAAGCGGUGGGCUUCCGAAGAUGGCGUCCGUGGGGGAUUUUAACGUACUCAGCUCCAGCAUCCCGGCCACCAAGGUGGAGCUCUCCGUGUCCUGCAGAAAUCUUUUGGACAGAGAUACAUUUUCUAAAUCUGAUCCAAUCUGUGUUUUGUACACACAAGCAAUUGGAAACAAAGAAUGGAGAGAGUUUGGAAGAACAGAAGUAAUUGAUAAUACUUUAAAUCCAGAUUUUGUGAGAAAAUUUAUAAUGGACUACUUCUUUGAAGAAAGAGAGAAUCUGCGGUUUGAUUUCUAUGAUGUUGACUCAAAGAGUCCUAACCUGUCAAAACAUGAUUUUUUGGGACAGAUGUUUUGCACACUGGGAGAAAUAGUGGGAUCACAGGGGAGCAGACUGGAAAAAUCAAUUGUAGGAAUUCCUGGGAAGAAGUGUGGAACAGUCAUAGUAACAGCAGAGGAACUGGGGUGUUGCAGAGAUUCAGUUUUAAUGCAAUUUUGUGCAAACAAGCUAGACAAGAAGGACUUCUUUGGGAAAUCUGAUCCUUUCCUUGUAUUUCAUCGAAGCAAUGAAGAUGGCAGUUUUACAAUCUGCCACAAAACAGAAGUUGUGAAAAAUACAUUGAAUCCAGUGUGGCAGGCAUUCAAGAUUUCUGUCAGAGCACUCUGUAAUGGAGACUAUGAUCGGACAAUUAAAGUAGAAGUGUAUGACUGGGAUAGAGAUGGAAGCCAUGAUUUCAUUGGAGAAUUCACAACAAGUUACAGAGAGUUGUCAAGAGGGCAGUCUCAGUUCAAUGUUUAUGAGGUAAUAAAUCCAAAGAAAAAAGGAAAAAAGAAAAAGUAUGUUAAUUCUGGAACAGUAACAUUGCUUUCCUUCCUAAUUGAAACAGAAGUUUCAUUCCUUGACUAUAUUAAAGGCGGAACCCAAAUCAAUUUCACAGUUGCUAUUGAUUUCACAGCCUCCAAUGGUAACCCUUUACAGCCAACUUCACUGCACUACAUGAAUCCCUAUCAGCUGAAUGCCUAUGGCAUGGCCCUGAGAGCUGUUGGUGAAAUAAUUCAGGACUAUGAUAGUGAUAAAAUGUUCCCAGCUCUAGGAUUUGGAGCAAGACUUCCUCCAGAUGGAAGAGUAUCACAUGAAUUUGCACUGAAUGGAAACCCUCAAAAUCCAUACUGCCAUGGAAUUGAUGGUGUAAUGGAGGCAUACUACAGGAGUCUGAAAUCUGUACAGCUGUAUGGGCCAACAAACUUUGCUCCUGUAAUUAAUCAUGUAGCCAGAUAUGCUGCUUCAGUAAAAGAUGGCUCCCAGUAUUUUGUUCUUCUCAUUAUUACAGAUGGAGUUAUAUCUGAUAUGGCUCAGACAAAAGAAUCCAUAGUGAAUGCUUCAAGGCUUCCAAUGUCCAUAAUUAUAGUGGGGGUAGGACCAGCAGAGUUUGAUGCUAUGGAAGAACUGGAUGGGGAUGUAGUGAGGAUUUCUUCAAGAGGAAGAUUUGCAGAAAGAGACAUUGUGCAGUUUGUGCCAUUCCGGGAUUACAUUGACAGAAGUGGAAACCACGUGUUGAGCAUGGCAAGGCUGGCCAAAGAUGUACUGGCUGAAAUCCCAGAGCAGUUUCUGUCCUACAUGAGAGUCAGAGGAAUAAAGCCAUCCCCUGCACCACCCCCCUACACACCCCCAGUGCACGUCUUGCAGACACAGAUAUGACUGCUCUGAAGUGUUUGGCAUUUAUCACAAGUCUCUGGAUGCAGCAGUAGCUUCUGAUAACUUCUUGGAGCUAGAAAAGUUCUCUUCACAUACCAAAAUUCUCCUAUUAGUUGCAUAAGCAACUGGAAAGCUUUUAAAUGCUAGGAGCAAAAUGUUGAUGUUCUGAGACUUUUUUUUUAGUCCAAACUAAAACUUUUUUGAUGUAUUUAUUGGAGGGGGGAAGCACAAGUCAGGUUUUCAACUCAGAAGAUUGAGUCCUCUCUGAAUACUGAGUGUAUAUAAAUGUAUAGGAAUGCUAUUACUCUGUAUCAAUGUUUACAUGUUACUAUUUUUAAAUUUCAGUACUUUUAUAACUAUUCUUAAGAAUAAAAGUUUGGAAUAUUGACUCACAUGUCUUCUGGCUUGCAAUAGUUUGUCACAAGAUAACAAGAGAAGCAAUAUCUCUUUGAAUGUUUGUCCAGACAAAUACAAAUGAAAGCUAAGGACAAAUGUAUCAAUGUGUUUUAAAGUAACUGAAGUGCUUCAAUCAGUUCUUAGUAAUCCAUUCAUCUCAUGUAUUGAAAAUUUCAACUCCUAAAUGUAAAUAACAUAAUGGCAUAUGACUUAUAACUGGCUCCAGACUGAGGGGGAGGUAUGUGCAUUUUUUUCAGAGAUUCUCCAAUUUGUGAGUUUAUCUAAGUUUACAGUUUUUUAAACUAACUACUGAAACAAAUUAGAAUAGUUACUUGCUGUAAUUAAUUAAAGAAAAUUACCUCAAUCCAGAACUAUCAGAGUGUUAUAGUUGACUCACUGAGCUCAUUAAAUCAUAUAAUACAUUCCUUAAAGCACUGGAAAUUUUGCAUCAGAAAUGUCUUUUGAAGUGAUUACAGCAGAUGUUUUAUAACGGACCAUUUUAAACUCAAAAAAUUUAAAUCUUUACUUUUUUUUUGUCUAGAUUGCCCAUUCAAAGGGAUAUUGGGCUUAAUAAUAUUUGGGUUUAAUAUUGUCAUUUAAUCACAUUUCCAUUCAGGGUGCAUGAAUAAUAAAGGUAAUUAAAUGGUUUUAAAAUUGCACAACUAUGUUGCUUUGUUCACAAUUUUGUGUACGGAACUACCCAAAAGAAUUUAUUAUAUGCCUGUUGAUAUAUAAUUACAAAAUGGUUUUGCAUGUAUAUUUUGUACAAAAUACACAGUUUUGUGAGUUUGUGUCAGAUACAUUUUAUUUAGAACUAAUGGCCUUAAAUUUCACAGAAUUCCUGAAAUGAUUGUGAAUUGCCUUCAGAUACUGUUUAAACUGAACAUUAAUUUUUUUUUGUGUCACAGUUGUAAUUGUCUUGUAUACGUAAUUUUUUCUUUGCAUAUAACCUGUUUACUAAUUCUGUUUCUUACUACUGUAUGUUGUAAUGUACAGUAUAAAACUAAGGUGCAUUUUUUAAGCAUGAGAAGUUUUUUGCCAGAAAACAUAUCUUCAAUAUUAAUGGCAUAACUAUGUAAAUGCAGAAUCUUCCAUUUUUAAAUAUAUUUAACUUCCUUUAACUAUUUCAUGUGGGAAAUUACGUUUUCCAAAUAAUCAUUCUGUUAACAAAAACAAAAAAAAAAUCUUUUUUUGGUAAAAAAAAAUCUUGUUUUAUUUUUAUUUUGAAACAGUUUUUACAUAAAUAUGGAGUUUAAUUUUCUCACCAAAAUAUGUAUUUCUUAGUGAAUUGAU